AGUUCCACAUGAGUGCUGCGAUGAUUGGAGUUGUUUCCUUUGCAGGCAGUGUCUGUUAUGGAGGUCUAUCACCUCUAUGGGGUUACAUAGCAGAUAGAUGGAAAAAUUCUUAUUUGAUGGAAGUUGGUGCUGUUGGGUUUGACAAUAGGAAUGCUUCUUAUUGGUCCAGCAUCACUUCUUCGCCAUUUAUUUGGAUGGAGCUCUCAACGUGAAUGGUUGGUCUAUGUAAGUGUGGUCAUCAAUGGGGUAUUUUUCGGAGCUGCAUUGAUGCCAACGUUCAAUGAGAUGCUAAUGGCGUGCAAAGAGCUGCGUAUACAAGAAAGUGAAUUGGCGCAGUAUGGGUUGGUAUCUGGAUUGUGGAACAUGGCAUUUUCUAUUGGUGACAUUAUUGGUCCAACAGUAGGUGGUCUACUUGUACAAACAUUGACAUUUAGUGAUGCUGCAGCAGUUUUAGCACUCUGUUCACUAACUUUGGCUUUUCUAAAGCUCACACAGCGUUUUUAUCGAUACAAAACCCGCCAUAAACGUGAAGAGAUUGACAAUGGAUCUGAAAGCGAAGAUGAAACCAAACCAUUAUUAUCAUCCAAUCCUGUAAUACAUUAAUUAGGUGACCGUCACACAACAUUUUCAUGGCCAUUCAAAUCAGUGCAAAUUAAAACUGCCAAGAGAAUCCUUAAUUCAUAAGCACUUACAUUAUUGUUACAAGGUAGAGCUGCGCUUUGACGCAUUUUGUUUUGAUUUGUUUUCUUAAAAACGCUGGACAACGGCAAUUCUGUAUCAUGACAUUUCACUGUGGUUUACAUUGUAGUGCAAUAGCAUGACUGCCCUUGAGUAUUUAGCUGAUCGUUUUCACUUGAUUUUGUGUUUUACGGUACAUAUUUUCAGUUAAUUUUUUUUUAAUUUCGUAAUGCCGGAAAAGGUAUUAUUCUAACAAAAUUUUCUGUUUCCUCAAUAACACACUAAUCUGUAUGUGUUGUGAUGAUAUUUCUUUGAAUAAGGCAACAUUCUUAUUAAAGUGGAGAGAAUG